AUGAAGUUCACUACCGUCUUCGCCGUCGCUACUCUUGCCCUCGCCGAGCAAGCCGUCGCAACCAUCAUCACCGGCACCUCAACCUUCACCUCUGGCAACCUCAAGGGAACUUCCUACGAUGUCGCAUGGAUUAAGGGCGAAGACGCCUGCCAGUGGACCUUCCUCGCCAAUGGUGGCGACAACCCCUGCGGCAAGAAGUUCACUCUGUCUAAUGGAUACACCUACUACCUGACCGAUUGUGGUGAUGCAUCCUUUGCCCUCCACAACGGAGAUGGCAGCUACAACCACCUUGCUGUCUACAANCCCAACUACGAGAAGGACAACUGCGUCAACAACAAUGGUCAGUACAAGGUCGUCAAGACCUGGGAGUUCUAG